GCAGCGCACUGUAACGAGCAGCCGAUCUGUCAGCGGCAUAUUCAGUGUUGUCGUGCGGCACUGAGAAGCCGCAGCUGUAAUUAUGAUUAAACAUAAUGGAGAAAAAUGGAAAGAUCACGGACUGAGAUUACUGAGUACACCUGCAGAUAUUUGGACUGGACGUAAAAAUUCCCCAGCCGUUUGAUCCUACUGCUGAUAUCGGUAUUUUCUGGAUACAACGCAGCGAAGUUACAGGAAUCUUUGUCAUCCCGGACUAAAGAAAGACAAGGGGGCCUGAAAUUACACGGACGUCGGUGGAAGUUGAGCUACGGGCUGCGCUAGCUAAGUUAGCAUUUAGCUUGCUGUUAAAAUACCAACAGUUUUUUUUUAUCCAGUGGGAAGUAGGCUUAUAAAGGAUAAUGCAAGGUUAUAUGUGGCUGUGUGUAGCGUGGCAUAACGCAUAACUAGUGACAGUGUGUUUAAAUAACUAUCGCGUCUGAUGACUGCUUUGGUAACGUUCGCACCAGUGAUAAUAGCUAAGUUAGCUGGCUAGCUCUCUGGCAGGGCUAGCUUGUUGUUCCCCUUGCUAACAUAGCCAGCAAGCUUCUCUUAACUGUGAACAAAAAGACAGUUACACCCUCCAGCUUUGCAGUUUGUUUGCAUACUAGAAAAUAUAUCUCAGCCGAGAUAUUUGCUCAUAAAAUUUGCAAAGUGGUAAUAGCCACCUAGCUUAUUAUAAUUCACCAUUCCAGACAAAAAGCAUGUUUUUCUUCCCUACAUAGACUUUUGCCACCAAGUCUACAAGAGUCAUCCCGUCCAGAUACAGCUUUAGUUACCCUUUGAUCGUCUGUGCUCUUACUCUUUAAUAGAUGUUAAUCUGUCACUAAGAUAAGGGUCUAAAGAAGGAACUUUAGUCUCAGAUUUUGGUUAGAUCUAUUUAUAACCUGUCAGUCAUUAGUUUGAAAGACAGUACCAGUUGUUUACAUUAGGUGAAGUUUUUUCCCCCCACGGAGCACCACCUGUGACAUUAUUUUUUUUACUUUAGCAUAAGGGAUGUUUUGCCUUUCAGAACCACAUUUUUGCCACCCACCUUGCUUUUCAAGUAGGACAUUUCCGUGAGACUGUGUUCUGAAAAUUACCUUCUUGCACACAGUUUGGAAGACUGUUAAAGUUACCAGGCAAAACAAGGAGGUGGACCCCCAUUCAGCAAGUUCAUGGGAUAACAAACAUUGCCUUUGUUUUGGUCAAGUGAGUAGAAUAAUACACAAGGGGAUUUGUUGGUUGGUUACCCAUCCUUGUGUCUGCUGGGGAAGUUUACAGUCACACAUCUUCAGUCUCCGCUGCCCCAGAUGUGAGACACGAUGGGCAGCCAGGGCAGCCCAGUGAAAAGCUAUGACUACCUGCUCAAGUUCCUCUUGGUCGGAGACAGCGAUGUGGGCAAAGGGGAGAUCCUGGACAGCCUGCAGGAUGGAUCAGCCGAGUCCCCGUACGCUUACAGUAGUGGUAUUGACUAUAAAACCACCACCAUUCUUCUGGACGGGAGGAGAGUGAAGCUGGAGCUUUGGGACACCUCGGGACAGGGGAGGUUCUGCACCAUCUUUCGCUCAUAUUCCCGUGGGGCUCAGGGGAUCCUGCUGGUGUAUGACAUCACCAAUCGGUGGUCAUUUGAUGGAAUCGACAGGUGGAUCAGAGAGAUUGAUGAGCAUGCUCCAGGCGUGCCUCGAAUCCUCGUUGGUAACCGUCUGCAUCUGGCCUUCAAACGGCAAGUUCCCACUGAGCAGGCGAGGGCGUACGCAGAGAAGAACGGCAUGACCUUCUUCGAGGUGAGCCCUCUGUGCAACUUCAACGUCAUCGAAUCCUUCACAGAGCUGUCGCGCAUCGUCCUGAUGAGGCACGGCAUGGAGAAGUUCUGGAAGCCCAACAGAGUGUUCACUCUCCAGGACCUCUGCUGUAGAGCCAUCGUGUCGUGUACGCCGGUCCACCUCAUCGACAAGCUCCCGCUGCCCGUCGCCAUCAAGUCCCACCUCAAGUCCUUCUCCAUGGCCAACGGCAUGAACGCUGUCAUGAUGCACGGACGCUCUUACUCGCUGGCCAACCCGGCCGGCGGCUCCAAAGGCAACAGCUUGAAGCGCUCCAAGUCCAUCCGUCCACCGCAGAGCCCACCGCAGAACUGCACCCGCAACAACUGUAAAAUCUCCUAAUUAACGGCUUCCUCGGGGGGGUCCGUUGGAGACGAUGAAUGAUCGACAGCAUGGGAUCAGGAGACGGAUGUACAGGAUGUUGUUAGUUGGAGGAAAAGAGCACAUCCCUGAACCUGAAGAGCUUAAGAGCAUGAAUGAUGGAUAAAGGGAUGAGUGAGUGCUACUUCUCACCUUCAUGAGAUCAUGUUAAAGAAUAUGAGCUCGAAUGGUGCCUCAAGAUAUCGGAGGAGAACGACGACAAACAUUUUGGUCUCCACAGACCUGAUUCUCACUACUACCAACUGCUAAAAUGAGAGAAAUAGAUUCACUCCUGUCUGCUGGAGUGUAACUACAUGUACAGAAAUCCCUCACCAACUCAAGCAACCAUAUUUAGUUACUCUACAUGACGCACGCCGCUCAAUGUGUUUGUGCAUCACAGAAAUCACCUCAGCAUCACAUGUCUUUCUUUUUCUGUCUGGUUAUAAUUCCACCUUUUUCUGUCCACAUCUUGGUUUAUUUGCUAUUUUAAUGACCAAUAAGCUAAUGAUCAAGACACUAGUAACCAGUCAGUCCUUUACUGAUCAUUGUUUAUCCUCAGCUGGAUGUAACAGCUGUGUUUGAACACUCAUUGAAGUUCAAAUGUUUUAUUUGAUCCACAAGUAACACUUGCUGAAGGGAAAUCUUGGUGACAAGAUGAGUGAAGGCUCCCAUCCGGUGUUAUAGUUGGGGUGGAGGUCUUCAGGCAAACCUGACCCCCCCUAAAAUCCCGAAAGACGCAACCUGAACCAGAUCUCAGGUCUAGACUUGCUAGUGUGCCUUGAGUCAAAGUCAAUUCUAAGUUUUGCCAUAGAGGUUUCUUGGGUCAAUAUAAACCAAGUGUAAUCAUCAACAAACUGCAUUUUUAAUGAGCCAGUUCACCUGCAGCAAACUGGCUUAAAACAUGAAAACAACCAUGAAUAUGAAAUUGCACAGAUAUGUCAAAUUCCCCAGUAACCAGUUCACACAUUAAAAUUUUAGGUUUAUAAUAUAACUCUGUGGUUUAUGCUGCCACCUACUUCGACGAGGGAUCCAAUGAUGCUUGUUGCCAUGGAUACCAAGUAGCCUACAUAAGAUCUCGCCACCUUUUUGUGAAAUGCCUUUUUAACUUGAUGCGAAAUGAAGUCAUGUUUCAAGGUAAAACAAAAAGAAAACUGUGGCGUAGUGUGGAUCGGAUAAGGCUGGAGAUAUUCUAUAUUUUAUAUAUUGAUGUUUUCUGUUUGGCCCAAGAGCUUCUGGGAGUUGUAGUCUGGAUAUGAGAUGGAGAAAGAAAGCUUCACAUCUGCGUCACCCAGGGGUGCUGUCUGGAUCUACGUGGAGAUUAAUUUUACUGUCACUCCCUCCUCCUCCUCCAUCUCCUCCUCCUUUCUCUUUUCCCUCUCUGCCAAAUGUUUAGGGACUCCCACUCUUCGUGUUUCCAGAUUUCACGCCUCACCUGUCAUGUCACACCUGUUACAUGCAGCAGGAACAUGCACACACCACCACCAGUCCAGGCUAGUUUUAUAUAACGCAUACGCACAGUGCACUCAGCUCUUAUCUGCUCCCUCACAGUGAUACUCUACUCAAAUUCCAUGUUUUAAGUUUCCUGCUCUGUGCUUAGUAUGAUCCAAAUAAUCACUGAUUCACUAAAAUAUGUCUAAAUAUUACGUAAGUAUUAAGAGUAAAUACUUACAUAAUAUUAAGUAUUAAGUCGUAUCUUUUCCGACAGUACGAGUGUUUGGAACAUACUGAACUAGAGCUGAAACGGUAAGCCGAUUAAUCCGUCAGUCCACAGAGAAAUAAUCACCAAUAGUUUUGAUAAUCGAUUAAUCGUUUAAGCCAUUUUUUCAAGGCAAAAUGCUGAAUAUUUGCUGUUUCUAGCUUCUCAAUGUGAGAAUUUGCUGCUUUUCUCAGUUUUAUAUAAUUUUAAACUGAAUAUCUUUGGGUUUUAGACUGUUGGUUGGAAAAGACAAGGCGUCUUGGGCUCUGGGAAACUGUGAUGAACAUUUUUUCACUCUUUUCUGACAUUUAAUUGUCAAAAUAUUUAUUUAUAGAUCAUUUGAUAAUUAAACUAAUUAAUAAUGCAGCCCUAUACUGAAGAUACAGAUGUUGGAUUUUUCCAACAUGGGAACUGGUCUUUAUUGGACUCUGUUGUAUCACCAUGAGACAUGAAUCCUAGCAACCCAGCUGUUCAUGAAGAACAAAAGUACAAACCUUUUGAGCCUGCAGAGGAUGAGUGUUUGAUACUAAAACGAUUUUGGGUGGAAUAUCACUUUACCUAGCCUGUGCCAAAAUUUAAAACCAGUGACUAUAAUAAACACUGUUGCCACACCUGUUAGAUUACCCAAUUCCUGUUUUUCUGUAGUAUGUGGAGUCCGUACUGAACCCCCCUCCCACCCAUGGUAUGCACUAAUGUGUUUUCCAUACAUUCGUUUCAGUGUCAGACAUGGAGCGUGAGCUUGAACCUGGAGGGAAAGGGAGAACAAAUAUUUGAGGCUGUCAGAAGAGCGUAGCUCCUGGUGUUCGGGCCGUCCUCAGUUGAUGGCGAGAGCGACAGUGAAAGAUCUGAUGAGUGUAAACAGAAACCAGUCAGAGUAGCUGGACAGGAUCAGGUGAUACAAAGGCAGAAGUUGUCAGGUAAAGUGGAAUAUUUUAAGUGUUGAUAGUAAACAGUGACCCGUGUUUCUCUGAAUGUUACUCGCUCCUCGUUUCCCACAGUAUUAACUUAAAGGACCAAACUGGUGGUUGAUGUGGGUGAUCCAUGAUAGUGAACUUGUUAUUUAGAGCUGAAACUCUUUGUAAAAGAUCGACAGAACUAUUUUGAUUUUCAAUUAAUCGUUUAAGUAAUUCUUUCAAGCAAAAAUACUAGAAAUUUGCUGUUUCAGUUAUUAUAAAUUGUGAGGAUUUACAGUUUAUGAUAGUAAAUGACAAAAGAGAUAUAUCAGGCUUUGGAUACACGCAGUUGUGUGUUAGUUUUGGACUUUCCAUGGGAUCUGUUGACACACCACCAUUCGUCACCUCGAGAUAACAAUAUAAUGAAGUUGUGAACAUGAGAAAACGGUUAACAGGCUUUAUUAUAUUAGCAGCCACAUGUUUCCCCCUCAUGUUCUCACUCUCCGCUGCAUUCAUGUCCAGUGGGAAAGACAGAUACAGGUGGACGAGUUGUAAAUAUUGUUCAAAAACAAGGAAACAUCUGCUGUUUUGCUGUUUAAAAAAAAAACAUUAGCUCCAGUUUGUCAGUCGCUUGGUUCGUCUGUGAAAAGAUGAUCACACUGAACCGAGUUCGAACACGCGAACUCUUCCGAGUCGCUGCUUUUUAAACACCAAACCAUUCUGACUGGAUCUCCCACAGGAAUGAAUGCAGCAUGUCUUCUUCUCUCGCACUCUGAUCUGCACCACCGCCUCCGCAUGCUGUCCCAUGAUUCAUAGCUGCUGAAUAAUAGAUGCUCUUUUCAUAGAUCUCUGGAGGGCUUCAUCAGUACGCCCCGGCUCUGUCUCUACCUCGCUGCUCUUUCAUCCUCCACUCCUCCACAGGGAGCUCAGUGUGGUUUAUUUCUUCGUCUUCACCAGUAGUCCUCCUCGGCUUCUGCCUUUUAUUCUGCUUUGUCCUGUUUCCUUUCUCUAUAAUAUAUAGAAUUAGCCUACCUGCUUGUUUUUAACACCACAUUUUCUCCUCAGGUGUUUAGUGGGGUUGCCCUCCUAAUCCUGAUCCAGUCCGUUCAGCUCAGUGUUAAUUCCCUGUUUUAUCUCAGGGAGUUGUCUUUGCCUCCAGACUCACGCGGUGAAGCCUUCCACUGAUCCAGAGUCAGAUUAAUGCAGUGUAGCCAACACCAAUCCUUUAACUUGCUUUAGCCCAUUUACUACACAUGAUUUAUACUUUACAUCAGCGGUUCUCUGCCUGUUUGUUUGGCUUGCGGCCCUUUGACACAGAGUCGAGUCUUCUUGUGACUCACUUGUCGCACAUGUUCAGAGUUCAGUCAAAGUUUAGCUUCUCGGGUUGUUUUAUUUGAAUACUUUUUAGGGGCCUUGAGAGAUUAAAUUUAGUAAUUUACUACGAAAAGACACAAUUAGAAAAGAGUUUUAAAGAAUUAUGUUUUUUAAGUUGUUAUUCAUCUCACGACCCUUCAGAUUAAUCCUGCAACCCUCAGAUUGGGAAUGAGAUUUUUUAUUCAGAUUUUCAUUUUGAGGAUGGGGAUGUGAGUUGGUCCACCACUUUGGUCCUGAUUGAAAUAUCUCAACAACUAUUGGAUGGAUUGCUAUUGAAUUUUGUAGAGACAUUCAUGUUCCCCUCAGGAUAAACAGUAAUAACGUUGGUGAUCCUCUGGCUUUUCAUGUAGCGCCAUCAUCAGGUCAACAUUUUUAUUUUUCAAUACUCGCAACAACAUUCCCAUUAGCCUCAACUGUACUUUGUGUUUAGUGCUAAUUAGCAAAUGUUAGCAUGCUAACAUGCCAAACUAAUAUGGUGAACAUGGUAAACCAGCUAAACAUCAGCAUGCAUUAUCAUUGUGAGCAUGUUAGCAUGUUGACAUUAGCAUUUAGCUCAACGCACCGCUGUGCCUAAGUACAUCCUUAAAGAGCAGCUAGCAUGGCUAUAGACUCUUAGAGUUGUUGAUACAUACUGUAGUUAAAUAAAUAGAAACCAGCAGCUGCGAGAAGGCUCAGAAGAACACAGAGAUUAAUGUGAUUCGUAGUAAAAGGGUUCAAAUCUGUCUCUCACCGGGUUUGGUCGUUUAAAAUAAACUGGCACCUGUCUGACCAGAAGACCAUCUUAUUCAUGGCUGCGGUCUCCAUGUGUCCCGAGUUUAAAAAGAUAGAUACAGCUGACACACAUCGGACAGCUUGUAUUUUGUGUUAGCGUUAGUUUCCUCAUCAUCCACGUUUUAAGUAAAAAGGAGCAAGUCUGUAAAAUGAGCCGAAAAGGAAUUUGACUCGAGCUUGUUGCCAAGAUUUUUAGAAGAGGUUUCCCUCUCUGUGAUGAACAGGAAAAGGCUCUUAUUGCUGUUGCUGCUGCUGCUGACUCGCAGAGCAUAAUAACCCUCACCGGGUGUAAUGAUAUUGUUUUUGUGUUAUAUUGUACAUCCAUCCUCUUUGUGUUACGUGAUAACAACCGUUUUCCUCCAUGUUUUGGUUCUACCUGUCCCUUUGUUUUUGUAUGGACUUCCUUAGUGUUUGUUGACCCUUUGCAAAAUUGUGUUUCUCCUGAACGGAGUUUCCAUCUUGGAUUUUCAUUUUUAAAAGAUGGAAAUGUUUGUAGAGGAUGGUGGGAGAUUCAGGGAUGCCCUCUGAUAUUGCCUGUUGGUGGAAGUGUUUGUAUAAAGGAGCUGACUGUUGUGAUAAUGAUGACAACUUAGACACAAAAAGAAAGAAAAACACCUGUAAAACACUAUUCUGGUUUUUGGCAAAAGCUGCUGAGUAAUCUGAAGCGAGUGUGUGAGUGUGAGUGUGUGUGAGGAUGUUCUUCAAACACCAAGCUGAACAUUUUUCUUUUUUUUAAAUUAUUGAUUGUACAGUUUUAAGGCAAGGGUAUGAAGAGAAAGACUUUUUCACAAUAAAAUUAUUGAAUGUCGAAGUCAA